AUGCCUGAUCUCAUAUCCACCUUCUGUUUUUUUUUUCGUGGAUUUGCUGUAUUUUUUAUCACACCGAUAAUUUCUGAUCUUGUCUCUCUGGCUCUCGUUUGUCCGAUUACACCUACUGUACUUCUUGUUGCAAAUAAAAACCUCUUAAAACAGCCCACAGCAAUUGCUCAUAAUUCCGAACUAUCGUUUGGCGAUCCUUUCCCAAAGGUGAAGCGCUUGAAUAGUCAAGUCACAACAGGACAGCCAUCAGGCAGUCUUCAAAUAAUUUUACGAGCUUUUGAAAAACCUCUUUUAUACCCAGAAAUGGCUAAAGCAGAAGGACUUUGUUGUGUCAAGACACUUGACUGUCUAUCAUAG